UCAACAAUGAUAACGGAACUCAUUUAGAAAAAUCAUGCAAAUAAUCAACUUUCAACAUUUUUAGGUCUGAAUCAGCAUUGCACCUAUCAUCGAAGGGGGGUGGAGCAGUUGAAAGAGAACAUGGAACAAUUAAAAACAAACUGGUCAAAUGCUGUGAUGACACAGAACUCUCAUGGAUUAAAGCCCUAGCGGUUGUGUUAAUGACCUUGAGAGGGAGGGGAAGGGCCAGAACAGUUCUGUCCACAUUUGAAAUUCUUCCAGGUAGACCUAUGAAUACCUGGAGGUCCCUCCCCCAAAAAAUCAAGUCCCCAACUCAGAAAUCCCAGUUGAUGCUUAGUUACUGUGUGCACAUGACCAAAAUGUUGAGCCUCAUUCACACAGGUAAAUGCAGCAAUCCCUCAGCUAGCAGAGGGCCAGUUGCAUAACCUGAGACCAGGAGACUGGGUGCUGAUAAAAGACCUAAAGAGGAAGCACUGGAGGAAACCCAGAUGGACUGGACCCCAUCAAGUGCUCUUCACACCACCUACAGUUGUUAAUGUGAAAGAAAGCACCACGUCCUUACGAUCGUGGUCCCCAUUGCAUUGUGUCUAGAGAACAAAAACAGUGCCAAGGUCAGUACAGUUACUCUGCGUCACUUACAACACAGUUUCUAUCAAUGUCUUUUCUCUUCAAAAGUAACAAUUGUGAGAGAGAUAGCUGUCAUUUGGCCAUCGACCCCAUGGUUUAUCCUGGUCACCCAAACAAAGUGUAUUGUUCAUGGAUAAACAACAAACACUAUCAUAUUACUACAUGCGGAACAGAACAGACGGCUGCACUGUGCUACUAAAAGAUCUCAACACAAGUAAAUAUCUGAAACAGUCUGUAAUCUGGUGUCAAAAAGACAAGGACAACGAUCGGCCACCAGGACACCAGUCACAAAUUUGUAAAAACACUACAAAGUCCACACCUCAUGCAAAUCAACUACACAAUCGAAUGAGACGAUACAUAGUUGAUAAAGGCAAUUUAGCCAUCACUAUGAUGCAAGAAUGGGCUACUGCCCAUUACAGUUCUGAUGCUGGAUCUGCCAACAUUUACCUACAUCAUCACAGACACAUGUCACAGGUAAUGCCUGUACCAUCAGUAGCACACCUUAAAGUUUUUAAAGUUGCAAAAAUUACAUAUCACGUAUCAGCAGGUUAAAUAAAGCUUUUCUUGCUCUUAUACACAUGUGUGAUAAAGAGAGGGAAAUAAAUAUAUACGCACUCUUGAUUCGCAGCGUGAUCACCAUCUACAGAACAACAGCUGACGUAUACAUGGAAAUAUGACUACAGGUUAUAUGUUGGUCCAAUGAAAUGUCUCGGAGCACAAAGAUCUAUGUGUACAAGUGAAAUGAAACAGCAGUUACAAGUUACAUUGAAGUUCAGAUACACCUGCUGCACAGACGAUAGUACCCAGUGCUUCAUGUGUUAUCAGACCCUCAGGUAAAUUCAGGACUCAAGUUGUAGUUGCAUAUCAGUUACUGAGUGAAAUAUUUCCUUCUGCUAUUGAACUUAUCAUCACAGCAAGAGGAGAUAUUUGACCAAGUAACUGAUAAACUAACUUUAACAAGAACCUUGUGUUAAAUGUCUUAUCUUCAGUUGAGACACACACACACACACACACACACACACAAACACACACACACUUACACAGACACACAUGUGCAAACACACUCACACACAGUUACUAAACUUUAAACUUGAAGCCACAUCAUUUGCAAUGUAAUGAAAUGACUCAGCAGCUGGUCAGACCUAACUUGUCUUUGGUUCUUUCAACACUAAACAUGCAUUUGUAUGUAAGGUGUUAGAAAAAAUACAAUACACCCAAAAACAUAAUAAAAGCACUCUGUUAGUCUGAGUAGGGAGGGGAUGUAAUUAAGUGGUUUCAUAUUUAUUUCAUAUUAAUUAGAUUCAUAGAAUAUUGAAUUAUUAAGUAAUAAGGAGGCGAUUUCAAUCAGAAGUGUAGCUGUUUCCUACAUAAAUGUCACAUUGAAUAAAUGAUUCAACAAACUUUAUUCUUUUAACUCGUAUUAGACUGAAUUAAUUCAACACUCUUUCAAUGGUGCCCUGAAAACACAUCAAUCUUUACAAUUCAAUUUAAACAGCCUACCGCAAGAUUAUUUAGGAUCAAUGUAGUUAACCUGUUUGUUGGUCUUUCCAACAAAAGUUCAGUAGGUUAUAUAAAUACUCAUAGAAUAUGUUUCAGCUACAUAUAAAAUACCUACAAUAUAUACAUUCUUUACAAGAUCCCAAAUUUGUGCCUCUUUGCUUGAUGAACUUCACAAGUUCGUCCUCAUUUCCUACAUAUAAGUACUGAUACGUGAUGUAUUUGUACAGCAUUAGUACAAAAUAUUACACUGUAUGUUAAUCUAAAACUGUUAUCCAACAAUUAGCAUAGAUCUGCAGAUGACUUUAGCCAAUGGGGUUGCAUCAGUAACUCUUCACCAUGUGAUUGGUGCCUCAGAGGCCGACGGGACAUCCUGAACAGAUUUAAAAAGACACAACUGUUGCCUCUGGAGGACAGACACUGAGACGGUGAAGGACAGCGAUGGCUCGUCUCACAACUCUUCUCUUUGCCAUGUGGCUUGGUGUGACAGUGAGCACAUUGGUUGAUCUGGAGAAGAGAGUCUACGGAGGUAAAACGUGUGGGGCAAAGGAGCGUCUGUACCAUGUCAAGGUGAUAGCCGAUAAUGGAACACACGAGUCCUUAUGUGGUGGCUCUCUGAUCAGUGACCAGUGGAUUCUGACUGCAGCUCACUGCUUUAAGCCUGGAUGGACGAUCACUGCAAAUAUAGGCGUGCAUCCUGGUCCUCCUAAAGCAGUGCCUCCUAAAGCAGUGCCGAUCACAGCUCAACCUGUGAUCUUCAAAGACGUCAAUGGCCAGAAACACGACCUCAUGUUACUGAAGCUGCCUAAUGCAGAGCAAGUUAUCCAACCUGUUCCACUUCCUGACUGUACAGCUCCUCCCAAGAAAGGUGAUGUGGUUCAGAUUGCAGGUCACGCUGCAACAACAGCUGGCCCAAAUAAGGAAAAACUACAUGAUUCUUCACCAACUCUGCAAUGUGCUGAUAUGAACAUCGUCAGCUAUCAAGUUGAAGGACAUCAGCACACCAUCUUUUACAGAGCACCUGGGGUGGAUACAUGUCCCGGUGACUCUGGUGGAGGACUGGUGUACAAUAACAGGAUUUAUGGUGUCCAUAUAACGUCUGCUGCCACUGCUGAGACAGGAAGAAGGUGA